CAGCACUUUAACUUCUCCUCCUCUCUUCCCUGCUCAGUUUUCUUAUGACUGAAGCUCUUACCAUGCCUGAAGCUCUGACUCCAGUCCAGCUGCUCUGGGUUAACCUGGUCAUAGGCGGUUUUCUAGCUACUGCCCUGGCCUUUAACCCCCCUGAUCUUGACAUCAUGUCCCACCCUCCCUGCUCCCACAGAGAUCCUCUGCCCAUCUGGUUUCUCUUCCGCUGCUUCAUUAUUGGAAGUCAUGUUGGAACAGCCAUGGUCAGCGCUGCAGCGUGGUGGUUCAUAGUCGCACAUGACGGACCUAAACUUUCCUUCUGUCAGCUGUUUCAUUACCGGCUGUGCAGUGACAGCAACACUGAAUUUGCUGGUGUUCAGUGCUCAGUAUUCAAGUCUCCUUACCCCAUGACCAUGGCUUUGUCUGUCCUCGUGACUUCAGAGAUAUUCAGUGCCUUGAACUGCCUCUCAGAGAACCAGUCCUUACUGAAGAUGCCUCCCUGGUCUAAUCCGUGGCUGGUGGGUGCCAUCUGUCAGUCCAUGGCUUUGUACUUCCUCAUCCUCUGUGUCGACCCACUGUCAGUGAUAUUUCAGAUCUGCCCCUUGUCCUGGCCUCAGUGGGUGGUGGUGCUGAGGAUGUCAAUCCCCGUCAUCCUGAUAGACGAAGUCCUCAAGUUCCUCACUAGAACCUACGUCGAGCCAGGAAUCCAGAUUCAUGUCCGAAAGCAUUACCAUUAUCCUUUAGUUAAAAUUGAGCUGCGUCGGUCAUUGAAAGGUGUGUCGUGGUCGUUUGUUCUGAUCUCCACACCACUGGUGAUCUGGAUCUACAGCCUGGAUUCUGACUUGCCCAACAUCGUCUGGGAGUGACGGGAGGACAGAGAGGACAGGUGGA